CCUUAUCCGAUGAUACGGAGCCCCAGCUGUCAUGGUUCAAAUUCCCUCCAUUACGGCGUAAUAAAGAACAAAGCUCUCCACCCGCUAGCGGCUGCGUUCUGCUCUGGCAUUUGCGGUGUUUAUUGGUUUGAAGGAGAGCAAUAUAUCUCUCUCCUCCCCCCUUUUUCUCUGUUUUCUUUCUUUUUAAAGUUCGCUCUUGCUGCCCGAAGCGCGUCUUAGGGGUUAAUUUAACGCCGAGCAGCCGGAGGAGCGUCCAGGCGCAUACGCGCUCACUGAUACAGUGGAGUAGUUGUGCCGAUUGCUCCCGCAGAGGCGAUGCCCUUUUGUGGAGAGGUUUCUAGUCACAGAGAACACACCACGUUCACAGCGGGGACACAAAGAAGAGCUCCGUUUUAAAAAAGAAAAAAAAAAAAGGGCUCCAUUCUUCCCCCGCUGUUUACUGUGGGUGUUUACAAGGAUUUUUGUUGUGCGCAUGUAAAGUAGGAGAGGAGAGAAGACCCCAGCUUGCUCUCUCCCCGGAGUUGCCAGUCUCGCGUUGGACGGAGAGUGAAACUCUUGCGCACGAGUUUUGCUCAUGGAAGUGAAGAUGAAGUUCCCUACAGCGGUUUCAGCAGGAUAGCGGACUGGAAUCCUGUAACUCGCCUUCAAAAAGAAGCAAUUUUAUUCCCCCUUUUAUUUGCUUCCACCUGCACAAAGGAUGCCAACUGAUAAUAAAUACGCAGACAUGGAGGAAAAACUUUGGAUACUGGAGGACCUCAAUAUGAUGUACAUCCGUCAGAUUGCCCUCAGCUUGCAGGACAGCGACAUUCAGAAGAAGAUUGACCAUGAGAUCCGGAUGCGAGAUGGAGCCUGCAAGUUGCUGGCUGCUUGCUCACAGCGAGACCAGGCAUUGGAGGCUGCAAAGAGCCUGCAGACGUGCAGCACCCGCAUCAUGGCCUACAUGUCGGAGCUGCAGAGGAUGAAGGAAGCUCAGGUCAUGCAGAAUGUCCCACGCAGGUCCUCGGAUGCCAGCCCAAUGGACGAUAGACUUCCCUGUAAAGGAAAAGUGGCAAUCUCAGAUCUUCGGAUCCCUCUUAUGUGGAAAGACACGGAGUACUUCAAGAACAAAGGAGAGCUCCAUCGAUGUGCCGUGUUCUGCCUGCUGCAGCUCGGAGGAGAGAUAUUCGACACGGACAUGGUGAUAGUGGACCGGACGCUCACAGAUAUCUGCUUUGACAACACCAUCGUCUUCAGUGAGGCCAGCCCUGGCUUUGAGCUCCGAGUUGAGCUGUAUAGCUGCUGCUCAGAGGACGACUACUCUGCAGGAAGCACUCCCAGAAAACUGGCCAGCAAGUUGAGCUCCUCUCUGGGCCGAUCAGCGGGAAAGAAGCUCAGAGCGGCGAUGGAGCCCGGAGCUUGCAGUCCCGUUAGUAACGGAGGGGCGGCCCCUCUCCUGCUGCCGGUUCCCUCUGUGCCGGGCCCGAAGUACCAUCUCUUAGCUCACACCACCCUGUGGCUGUCUCACGUCCAGGACAGCUUUCGCACGCAUGACCUCACUAUUUCAGGCAACGAGGAAUGCUCCUACUGGCUGCCUCUCUACGGCAGCAUGUGUUGCCGCCUCGCAGCUCAGCCGCACUGCAUGACCCGGCAGAUGAUGGCUGGAUGGUUGAAAGUUAAGCAGUGUGGAGGUGAUCCUAAGACAUGGACAAAAGUCUACGCCGUUCUGAAAGCAACAAGCCUGUCCUGCUACAAGCGACAGGAGGAUGUGGACGCCAAUGUCGAGCCUGCUCUGACCAUCGGCAUCAACACGGAGACCAGGAUACGCGCGUCAGAGAAGGACCCCCACGGUAAGGGUCAGAACAUCAGCAUCAGCAACCGAUACGGAGGGGAGGAGGUCACGCACACCCUGAACACGGAGAGCCGGGAGGACACGCACAGCUGGAUGGAGGCCUUCUGGCAGCAUUUCUACGACAUGAGUCAGUGGAAGCAGUGCUGCGACGAUUUAAUGAAAAUUGAACUUCCCUCUCCAAGAAAGCCAGCUCCUGUCACACCGAAGCAGGGCUCGCUUUACCAUGAAAUGGUUAUUGAGUCAUCCGAUGACCUCAGCAGCACUGUGUCCGACAUCCUGGCCCGGAGAAUGCAAGAGCUGGAGCUCCGCAGCCAGCUGGGCACGUCUCCCACCUGGAUGUCUGUGUUUGAGGAGAACAGUCCGAAAAGCACCGGCUUCCCUGUCCGUCCGUGUACCUCCCGCCUGUCUGGCCACAGCCCUCACUCUCCUCACCGCCUUCCCUCUCGGAGCCCCGUGAGCCCGCACCGCUGCCCGCAGCCGGGUCUGCUCUCCUCUGACGCGAGCCUGACGUCGGACAGCGACAGCCACUGCAGCACCAGCCCGUGCUCCCACCGCCAUGGCUGGCCCGAGCCGUCGUCGAGCUUCUCGCUUUUGUCCUCCUCGCCCUCCCGCCUGAGGCCGCGCACUCUCUCUCUGGACGCUAAGCUCAGCACCCUCCGGGGCCGAGGGUACGGUGGCGGAGGGGCCUUCCAGUGCUCCUGCCAGCCUCCUUCCUCGUCUCUUCUCGCGCCUCACCCCGCCUCCUCCCACUCGCCUCUGUCACAGCGCAGCACGCAGACCACUCUGUCCUGCUCCAGCUCCACCUCCAGCAGCAGCUCCAGCAACAGCGAGGGCAGCCACAGCCCCGAGUCGUCGGAGGGCGGUCCGUUCUCCAGGCCCUCGCCGGCUCGACGCAGCCUGAGAAACCUACGGGCCAGGCUCGAUCCGCGUAACUGGCUGCAGAGUCAGGUGUAAACUUACUCCCUAAUGGACUUUUUUUUUUUUUUGCUCGUUUGUUUAAGCAUACACAUUAACAGGCUUAUUAUGUGAACUAAACUCAAGGAUGUGUGCAGCUGCCUUUGACAGGAAAUGGUUGCUUAGAGAAGACCUGCGUGGGUCAAACUGGAAAAUUAGUUGUUUUUUUUUUGUUGUUGUUUUAACCCAGAAGAUGGUGACAAUCACUGCAGGAGCUGCUGGGUUCCCACAGUUUAUAGGAUGGGAGACAAUGUGUUUGCUUUCAGAAAUUACAUUGAUGAUGCUGCUUUGGAGAGAGUAAACAAAAAGCUAAAGAAUUGCUUAGAUACGCUGCACACUGUUCAAACUCUUAAUGUGAUCUUGAAACUGGAAAAUAUUUUUUUUCCCCCCCCCCCCCCUUUUCCAUCCUUACCAUCCACUGAAACAUCAUUUUAAGGUAAAAAUCUCUCUUGUUGUCCCAGUCAUACUUUAUCUGAAUGUAAUUUAUUAUGUUAUAAAAUGUGAAGUGUUUCUGCUGCAGGGGGGUCUGUGACUUGGAGCAAAAGAGCACUUCACAGGAAAGAUUUACAUAUUUAUGAUUUUAUUAACAGAUACACAUGGUAAAACACGGGUGGUGGCAGCAUCAUGGUGUGGGAAGAUUUUUCUUUAGCAGGGACAACCGGCUGCAAAAAGACUCGAGUGGAGGUUUGCCUUACCUCUCAGCAGGGCAAUGACCUUAGAAGUACAGUAGGAGCUACAGUUUGUUAUUCAGGGACUACAAGGCGUGGGAUUUUAAACGACAUACCCCGUUUGUGCAGUUUUGCUCCGCAGCGAUUCUGCUCUUUUAGGUUGAUGGGAGGUUAACGUUUGUUGCCUGUUCUGUGACUCCUGCUUCAGUGUACUCACUUAUUCACACGCCAGAAGAGUCUUUUAAAACAACUAUGCAGCAUUUUGUUCUAUUGGUUAGACGUCGAACUACCUGUGAUCAUACUAACGGUGAAUUUGGGGGAAGUUAAAUGCAGGUGUUUAUAUUUACUGUACUGGUUCUGACUGACAUUUUCAGAAUUGAAAAAAAAUAACUCUUUGCUUUGGGUUUCACCUUUAUCUGCACAUCACUGGAGGGCUGACGUCAGAACCAAGUGGUUGUAGUCGAAGUAAGGCAUUAAUAGAAAACCCCAAUCCAAACUCAGUGUCAUGCUGCACCGGCACCCUGGCAGUGUAUUGCCUGGUUUCAGUGUGGCGUUUUCCGCCUGCGAGUCUAAGGGGAACAUCCAAAAUAAGCCACGACUCCAUUAAUAUCAAACAGGAAAAUCUUUAGAUGUCGGCUCCGUUUUGGAAACUUUUUCUUCUACAUACCAGGUAUGGGAUUGUAAGUGCAGACGUCGCGUCACAUUUCCACCCCUAUAUUUUUCUUAACUGCAAUUGUUCUCACCAUUUCUUUUUGUUUUUACAUUUUUUGAAUAAACCAAAUUUCAAAUGGGAGUUUAUGACUGUCGGUGAAUCCCUUUUUUUUUUUUUUUUUUUUUUUUUUUUUCUCCACGUCUGUCAAUCAUUGUGGGCUCAUAUUUACUGAGAUACGCCGAACAAGCAUUUGUUACUGUAAAUUAUUUUGUAAGUUAACAGAUAAACCUCGCUCUGUCAUUUUGUUACAUAGCUGAUUUUAUAAAUGCAACUGUACAGAUGUGUGAUGAUCAGAAGCUUAACAGAUAAUGUGCAAAUCUUUGUUAAUAACGAUUAACACUGUUAAGACUCUCCCUCUUUUGCAGGUUUUGUGUGUCCCGCGUAUGCAGCAUCUGUAAAAGGUUGAGUACAAAAUGAGAAAUGUCACAUUUAAAUAAUAUAACGUUAAUUAAAAUAAAUGUUUAUAGUUUUAAAACUA